AUGUACUGUGCCUCCCAGCUGGCUGUGGCAGGAUUGAAGUUUAAGCCAAGUUCAAGAAGAUCCAUACUUGACCUAAAAUUUAACGAGGGAGUGUUGGAAAUCCCAAGAUUUACAUUACGCAAUGACACGGAGAUUUAUGCUCGGAACCUCAUCACCUUGGAGCAAUGUGUCUAUCAAUUUGAAAGAUAUGUUACUGAUUAUUUUAUGAUGUUAGAUUUCCUUAUCAAUACAGGCAAAGAUGUGGAUUUACUUAUUCAACAGGGGAUCCUUGAGAACAAAAUGGGCACCAACAAUAUUAGACCACCUUUUGCCGGCAAUUUGUGCAUAGGUAUCUCAUUUAGGGACGUCAAUAAUGAUUAUUAUGAUCUCUGUAGACAAUUGGUGGAUUUCCAUAGAAAACAUGGGUACGUAAUUCUGAAGAGUAGCUUGAAACAUGAUUAUUUUCGCACGCCUUGGAUGGGUGCUGUUACCAUUGGUGCUAUUAUCUUGUUGAUUUUCACUCUCAUACAAACUGUUUGUACUGUCAUUACGACAUUCAAGUAG